CUGCUGUGCCGGAACACUCGACUCCAUCAGAUACCCAGGCAGCGCUUUGUGAAAACAGCGUUUAAUGCAGUGACUAAACACCGAGUUAGUUACUGAGUAACUGCCCGGGAGCCCUUCUCCAUACUCCGGGGGUUACUGAUCACGUUAUGUGCUGGUGGAAUUAAAAAAAAAUAUAUAUAUUAGCUGUAGGGAUGGCCUGUUUGUGUUUGGGAUUUUGAAGAGGAGCCUGGAUGGCUGCUCACAGAAAAACCUCAAAUAUGGGUUAGAUGAGUCAUCAGUGAACUGUAUUUCAGAGAAUCCUGUAUUCUGCUCACACAGGAGGUGUGGAAGGGAGCAUUUUCUUGGGGAAAUCUCACUGUCCUCUCCUGCUUCUGUGCACUAAACCAGGGUUGGGUUCUGGGCUCUCUGGGGUGCCUGCAGAGCGUGGAAAACCAGCGGUGGGAUCCACGUCCCGCUGCAGAACAGUUACUCCCGGACACCGCGUGGAAACUGAAGGCAGCCACAAGCAAGCACAUUGGUUUUGUGGGAAACGUGGAAGGAAUCCCCUGGUUUCCCUUGAGAGACGAUACGUAAGAACAAAUCCAGGAGCUGUUGCCUGCAUGGCGUUAUCCAGUUGGCAGCUUAGUUUGAGGAAAAGAAUAGUGGCCUAAAAUCAGCUUAUUUUCUAAGCCCAGCUGGAAACUAGCGGGAAUUCAUCUUACCAGAUAAGGAUGUUAUAAAAUGUUAUUAUCAGGCUCCAUCACGUAUAUUUGGAGGCAGGAAAGUAUUUAUUGCAAAGGCUUGGGCUGAUUCGAAGUUGCACAAAAAUAGAUGAGACUCAAUCCGUGUGCCUUCUGUGCUGUUUUAUGAACAAGACACUUCACAAAACCCAACCGAAAACCUUAGAAACAAAAACCCUGCAGCAUAUAAAACACAGCUUCAGUGUUUCCUUCAGCUUUAUCAUACAACCCUUUUUCUCUUCCCCUCUGAAAGCAGCACAUAGUUCUUGAAGAAAAUCAAAUCUAACUGAUUUGUUGGAUUAAAUCUAUUUUCAAUUGGGUUUAAAUAGCUGUUGUCUAGCGGUGCUUCCCGGCUGCCCCGCAGCAAGGGCUCUGGUGUGACCCCGGCUGGGGACAGGUUGAGGGUUGGGGGGGUGAAGGAUGCUCCCCCGGUGAUGCCGUCGCGGUGGGAUGCAGGAUGGGCUGCUGGGGCCCCAGGGCCUCACCUGCUCUCUCCGCCGUGGCCUUGGCAACGUCUUCAUGGAAUUUUUCAGUUGUGCCCACGCGGGAGUCGUGUCCGCCGGGCAGAAAAAGCACCGUUGUUAAUAAUUGACUGGCGAGAUAAUGAAACGGCCGAGCCCGCUGUUUGCUUGUCUUGCUCUGCCGCUGUAACGCUGCGUGCGGCGGGUAAAGCAAAGGGCAGUUUCCCCCGGGGAGGCAGAGGUUUGUACCCGUGUGUGGAGCAGCCGCUGCCUCCGAGACAUCGCGGUGUGCGGAGGGACCGGGAGAGACCGGGAAACCACCUCUGACACGGAUCCUUUAGAUAUUAUUAGGAUGUGACCACAAAGAAAAAUGUGCUUUUCUACGAAGUCGGUUGUGGACAUUUAAUCAGAUUUUGGUCUCUGGAAAUGCUACAACAUGGCUUCAUCUGGAAAUGAGCCAGAAAGAUGGACUCGCGGGCCAGGGGCCAGCGUUGGGGAGCUGGUAGAGCCUGGGACCUCUUCUGGAAACAGUAAUUGUGUUUCACCGGUGAAGUCGCUGGGCAGCGCAGAUCAGCCCUUGCACCUCCCUGGAAGAGCAGACUCUGCUUACAGCUCUUUCUCAGGGGGAUCAAACGUUCCAGAGUAUCCCACCCCAAUGUGCUAUGGUGAGAACUGCUGUUUGCCUCCAGAGCAGGUACCGUACAUGGACUCGGAAUAUGUGAGAGGUAUUUACCUUCUCAGCGCAGCGAACUCUGACCUCGGGUGCCCGCAUCCACACCAGGCACCGGAUCUGAGCGUCCAGAAUAACUCCCAGAGCCCCAGCCUUGUGGAACGCUGUGGAGUCACUCCUGCCCAAAGGACUUCACGGCAGGGACCGCUGCCUCUGCCUGCACCUCCACCUUCUCCUCCCGCGCGGCUCGAUAGCUAUAAAGUCACCAAACACCUUGAAAAUGCAAGAGGGAGAUGCAACUCUGACAGUCACAGCGAGUGCGGCGCGCAGGACGGUCCCCUUGCUGGCAGGGAUGCUCUGCAGAGUCAACCCAGGGAUGAAGGUACCGAGCAGGAUACAGUGGCUGCUAGGAUAAGGACUCUGGAAAACAAGGGCCUUUCUUCUGCUGAUUCUACAAAUGAGGUCACUCUAUCAAAAAAUCAGGGGUUAAAGACAGAGGAAAAUGGAGAGUGGAAUCCAUCGCAACAACCUAUAAAGAGAAGCAACCCACACAUUUUCAGGAGACCUUCUUCAUUCAUUUUUCAAGAAUAUUUAAAGACUGACUCUGUGGCUAAUGUCCCUAAAAUACUUUCUGCUUAUAAUUCAGUUCAUGCUUAUAAAAUUCCUGAAGAGAAGAGCUCCAGGCCCUAUCACCCAGUGCACACCCACCCGAGUUCUGUUAACGAUGCACAAGAAGACGAACAGUGUCCCUGCGUUGUGUGCAAGCCGGGUUUGCGAGAGGCGGAUCCGCUGAGCGCGGCGCCAGAGCCCAGCCGAGGAAAAGGGUCCUCGUCCUGCGCUCGGUGCCCGCUGCUCGCCCAGCUGCAUCCGGACUCGGAUCAGGAUGUGUUUGAGGGCAGUUGUGACUUAAAAUAUAUGGAGAAUGCUCUUCUAAUGGAAUCUGCUUCCAGGAAGCUUCACAGUUGUACAGAUGGAAAUCAGUCCUGCGACUCCGAAGGAAAAAUUGGGAGUGAUGUUAAGGAACUGCUCCUGAAUCAGCAAGUCAGAACACAGAGAUCAUCCCUGUCCUGCAGCUACAAUGCUGUGGGACUGGAGCACCCUCACUGUGAGGGGCCAGACCAGGGAAACGGGCAAUGCUGUGAUCAUCCCAAUCAAACAUCUUUUUCCAGGCCAAAGGAAGAUUCCACAUCUCCGUUUUUACAUGAAGCCACAAAAGAAAAACAGACUAAUACCAGCAGCCCUGACCUGAGCACACAUCUAGGACAAGAGGAGCCUUCUGUCCCUCAUCAGAAACGUCAGGAUGACCUGGCUGGUGAACAAAUAACCAGGCAGACAACUCCCAUGCUUUACUAUCUUUCUGGGGGAAAAACCACCAACAUGCUGCAGCCCAGCAAGCUCACCCCAUGCCAGGAGGAUUCGAGGAGCUCACCAGGGGAGUUUCCAGCCAGCAGCUCCUCUGCCCCCGCGCGGUGUCUGCAGAUACAAAGGGAAAGUAAUCGGCUCCAAAGGACCGACCACCACCAUCAGCGCGGUGCUGACGAUCUCCCGCUCCAGCCUGAAGGUCUCAUUCGCAGGAGUCCCGCUUCGUCCGUGGAUGAGAGUUUCAAGAAUGACUACAGAGAGAAACUUAAAGUGGCUCAGAAAAAGGUUCUGAGAGAAACCUCCUUUAAAAGAAAAGACUUACAGAUGAGUUUGCCCGUUAGACUGAGGCAGAAAUCCUCUAGAAGGCCUUCAAUUGAACACCUGAGGUCUUUCUCCUUAUCCAGUGCAAGUGAGGAUGCCAAACCUGUUCCUUGUUCCCCUUCUCAUCUAGAACCCAUGGAAAGCUUCAACAGAGAUGAAGAAAUUAAGAGGCCACAAACAGGUCGAAUAGCAGGAAGGAAAAGGGUAACAAAGGAGCAGAAACAACUCUGUUAUUCUGAACCUGAGAAACUUGAUCAGCUGGCAGAUAAGGAGGUGUCAUGGAAUCAAGUCAGGGAUGAAAUCACUGAGCAAGACGUAGUGGCAGCUCGGAAAAAGACUCUGGAAAACAGAGGGAGGGCACUUUCCAGUUCAAGUAUCUCCAGGACAGAGCUGAAGCAAAUCCAGCAUACCGCACUGAUUGAAUACAUGGAGAGGAAGAUCAGUCAAAGACCAGGUAGCUCACACCACCUCCCGCUGCAUAAGCCGCCCCUGCAGAAGAGGCUGUCGCAUCCCAACUGGCCUCCUGGCAAGGUCUCCAACCCAAACGGGAGCAGGAAGGUGCAAAACACAGAGGUUUCCUGCCAGGUUUUCUCUAAGGAAAAGCCACCAGACGCUUUUCCUCCUUUGGCUCUGGUUCCCCCGCCGAGCGUGCCCGGCAGGUGUGAUCCCAGCUCUGCCGCCGCGGGGACGCUGAAGCACGACCCGUCUCCCAGCGACAUGGACGGGACCCGCACCGGCCCGCUGGUGUCAGCCCAAAGCAUCCCCCAGGCCGGUGAGCCGGCAGCUGGGAGAGCUCGCGAGAGAUCCAAAUCCACUCCUCCUUCCACACAGGACCCGCGGGGACGCAGCGAGGGGGCAGAGGCACCGUCCCGGGGCAGCGGGAGCUCUCCCGGCACCCCCAGUUUCCAUGAUCCUGAGAAAGAUGGAUGUGAGAAUCACGAGUGUAAAGACAAUGAUGCGACUGCACGUGCAUGUUGUCAGGAUACGCAGGAGCCGAGUCCUGCAGCCUCUGUUCCUACCCCAAGAAACAAGGAGGAUGCUCAGGAGUGUCCUGCAAUAAACGGCGACGAGGAGGAAUGCAGAACUAAAUCUCCAAAUGGCAACACCUCAGUGGAGUGUCUGGCAGCCUCUCCCGAGCGAGGAACGUGCUGCCGUCCAGCCUUAGCUCAGCCGCGCCGAGGGGACAGACACACGGCCAAAGGUUUAAUUGCGGAGCAAACAUCCGUGCCCAACAGCCAAGGUGAUGCUCCCCCUGCCCGAGAGCCAGGUCUGCCCGAGGGCAGGCGGCCGUCUCCUGAAGACCAGCGCUGUGAAGAGCUCGCUAUGGAGAUCGCUGCCAAAGACAGUUCGCUUGUUGAUAUUCUCGUGCCUCAUCCUCUUAGAAAAACGGCUCUCGACCUGCUGGACGGUCUCUUUCCCAUUAACGUCUCCAUGCUGGAUAGAUCACACAGAAAAAAGGGAGAUGUACAGUAUGCACAGGAGUGUGACAGGAAAAGUCAUAAAGGUGCAGCAGAAGAAUGUCCUGGGUCUGAACACGAUGCGGAGCGGAGGAGUGAAGGUCCUGCCUCCAAGGGAACCCAAAUCCUGCACAGGAGCGGGGACGGCGCCAGCGACCUGGACGACAUCACGUCCAAGAAACUGGAGCUGGCGUCCCGGCUGCGGCGGAAGCUGCGGGCGCUGCGGGAGGAGCGGGAGCUGCUGCUCGGGGAGGCGCGGGAGUGCGCGGGGCGCGGGGCCGAGCUGGCGGCCGCCCUGCGCCACCUCUGCAAGCCCAACGAGUUCGAGCGCUACGAGACCUUCAUCGGGGACCUGGAGAAGGUCGUGAGCCUCUUGCUGUGCCUGUCCAGCCGCCUCGCCAGGGUCCAGAAUGCCAUGAGGAGGAUCGAUGGCAACACGGAUGCCGAGGAGAGGCAAUCGCUGGACGAACGGCACAAGCUCCUGUCCAGGCAGCGGGAGGAUGCAAAAGACCUGAAGGAGAACCUGGACCGCAGGGAGAGGGUGGUCGCCGGCAUCCUCGCCAAAUACCUCACCGAGCAGCAGCUCCAGGGCUACCGACACUUCGUUCAGCUCAAGACCUCCCUGCUGAUCGAACAGAAGGACCUCGAAGAGCAGAUUAAAUUUUUCGAAGAACAAUUAGAAAACCUAGAGAAAAGCAUCCCGCUCUAGUACCCACCGGCAGAGCAUCAGCUUUCACACACGGUAACUCGUGGCGUUCCCCAGGCGCUCGCUGGGCUGGGUUUGGUGAAUGUGUGAUCCCCUUAGUGCUGGGGAGCGCUGGGGUGCUCUGGGCACAGGCUGGAUGUGCCUUCCCCCUGGAUGGGCCAAGUGACAGCAGCCAACAGUGUGUGCUUUGGAAACGACUGAUAGGAUGUGUUGCUCCUAUUAACUUGGCAUGUAUUUCCCCUUCUUGUUGUCCGUACAUCUGUUUCCAGAUUGACAUGAUCUCAAUAAAAGAAUGAUACCAGUAUUCUCCUCUCGUGGGUGGGCUGAGUAUUUGAAAUGAGAGAUGAUGUGGGUGUUCAAAUUUGAAAUGGAGAUCGCACAAAGCCAUAGGAAAUGCUUAUGGACUACUUCAGUGAGACUCCUCGUUUCUACUGUUUAUAUGAACGGCACAGUAAAAAUACACUAUAAUGGAAGUAAAUAAUGAUUUCCUUUCUUGGCAGCGGCCAACCGUGAGUGUUCCCUGGUUCUGGGGGAUCCCGAUGGGCUGUUUGGUAGGAGGGCAGGAAAGUGUCAUCCUCAUUGACAGCAAAAAGCUGAUCAGUGAUGAAGCCGCCCGAAAUAAACCCUUUGGGGAAUGAUAAACUCUGACCCUA